AUUGGCUGAUCUGGACGAACACCGUAGCAGGUCGGUCGCUCUCCUCGGUGCUGAAAUUGCAGCUUGACGUGAUCAUGUAAACGGCGAUGAGGCCAAACGGAGCUUCAGGACAACACACAGCAACAUGGACGAUGAUCUGUUCCAACUAAGACAGCUGCCUGUCGUUCGCUUCCGUCGCACAGGUGAGAGCACCCGCUCCGAGGAUGAUGGCGAGAAUAAAGAGCAAGUUAUCAGGAUCACAGAGCAGACUGAUCUGGAGUCUGUGGCUCUUACAGAUGGAGCUCCAGUACCUCGGGAGUUCGCCAAUCCGACUGAUGACACGUUCAUGGUAGAAGAUGCAGUGGAGGCCAUCGGCUUCGGGACGUUUCAGUGGAAACUCUCCAUCCUCACUGGUCUCGCCUGGAUGGCUGAUGCCAUGGAGAUGAUGAUCCUCAGCAUCUUAGCCCCACAGCUCCACUGUGAGUGGAGACUGCCCAGCCUGGAGGUGGCGCUGCUUACAUCGGCCGUAUUUAUUGGGAUGAUGAUCAGUUCUUCUCUGUGGGGAAACAUAUCCGACAGAUACGGCAGAAAAACAGGUCUGAAGAUGAGUGUGUUGUGGACAAUGUUCUACGGCCUGAUGAGUGCAUUUGCACCUGUUUAUGGUUGGAUCCUCGUCCUCCGAGCGCUGGUGGGCUUUGGCAUCGGAGGAGCCCCACAGUCGGUGACCCUGUAUGCUGAAUUUCUUCCUAUGAAGUCUAGAGCCACGUGCAUCUUGCUGAUUGAGAUAUUUUGGGCGCUGGGCACUGUGUUUGAGGUCCUCUUGGCGAUCCUGGUGAUGCCCACUCUGGGCUGGCGCUGGCUGCUCGGCCUCUCUAACAUUCCUCUCUUCAUCUUUGCCAUCCUGUGUUUUUGGCUACCUGAGAGCGCUCGAUACGACGUGCUGACAGGAAACCAGGACAAAGCUUUGGCCACGUUGAAGCGCAUCGCCACAGAGAACGGAGCACCCAUGCCACUGGGAAAAUUAGUUGCUGCCAGACAGGAGGAUCGUGGGAAGAUUCAGGACUUAUUUUCAUCCCACUUUCGCUGGACCACAAUUCUGCUGUGGUUUAUUUGGUUUGCAAAUGCCUUCUCUUACUAUGGACUGGUGCUUCUGACCACAGAGCUGUUUCAGGAAGGAGGCGCAUGUGGAAUGUCCAAAGGUAAUAAGAGGGAGCUCCGGUGCAACUUGGAGUGUAAAUAUCUGAACUCCGAUGACUAUAAAGAUCUACUGUGGACGACGUUGUCUGAAUUCCCAGGACUGCUGGUGACACUGUGGGCUAUCGAUCGACUGGGACGGAGGAGGACCAUGGCGUUGUGUUUCCUCAUCUUCUCUCUGUGCAUCAUUCCACUCUAUGGUUGUGUUGGGAGGACAUCCAUGACAGUGUUGAUCUUCAUCGCCAGAGCCUUUAUUGCAGGAGGAUUCCAGGCUGCCUAUGUGUACACUCCAGAGGUUUACCCAACAGCAACCAGGGCUUUAGGCCUGGGAACAAGCAGUGGAAUGGCCAGAGUUGGUGCCCUCAUUACUCCGUUUGUUGCACAGGUGAUGCUGGAGUCCUCUGUGUAUCUGGCACUGUCAGUGUACUGCUGCUGCUGCCUUGUCGCUGCCGUCGCCUGCUGUGCGCUGCCGAUUGAGACGACAGGCCGCGGCCUGCAGGAGUCCAGCCACCGUGAGUGGGGCCAGGAGAUGAUGGGCCGGGCCUCUUCCUCCUCCCACAACUCAGAGGGAAACCCAAACUCAAGCUCCGGCUCCCAGGGCUGAGGAUGUCCUGAAUGGUGACCGCAGAGGAGAGAAGAGGCCAGAGGGGGGGACGUGGAAGCAACACAAGCUCUCACCCCAUGACCCUACGAGCCAGGCAGCACAAUAUUUUUACAUUUCACUGUACUUAUAGUCUUCAAUCGCCAUUGCUGUCACAUCUCACCACUGUAUGACUGCACACAGGGUGACUGGGAUGACCAAAUGACCUGAACAAGUGCAUAAACAAAAGGUGAAGUCAUUGGGACGCGGUCAUGAAGAGGUGAGAUUUCAAAUACUUCGAGCAAAGUAUCUGAAUCCACCUUUUCUAAUGUAAGAGAAGCAUAGGGGAAUACAAAGGGGGAAUCAGGAGUUAGCUUCAAAUGUUUUUUUCAAAGAGCCUUAAAACUACCUAUUCAGUUUGUGGUUGAGAGACCUGCUCCUAACCCCGUGAAAAAGCUGCUUCUAUUUGCAAUAAUGGAGAACGAUCUUGUGAACAAGUCAAAAUACACAAGUCAUAAACUCAGCCUUAUCAAAAGUGUAUCGCUGUAGUGAGGAACAGUUCAACCAACAAAUCAUGAGAUGAUUCGGUCAAAUUAAAGUGACUUAAAGAUUCACAUGCCGAGGACGUACUGUAGAGUAAGUCCCUGACAGUACAGAUCCUUUUUGAAACUCCUGUUAUGAAUAUUAAUGUAUAUUAUG